AUGUAUGGGGCUCUUACCAUGCAGAUGCGGUCAAGCAACCUGCUUUUACCGAAGCCUAAGACUCCUUUUCCGAAUUUGGAUUACAACUCUCUUAUGCGGAGAAUAAUGGCGUUCACAUCGCCAGAAUGGUAUAAUUCAUCCUCGAAUCCACCAAUCUGCCCUGACGCCUCCUUCGCAUCCGUAUUCGCGGUACUGAAGGAUUCUCUUGAGGGGCUGGAACUGAAUCGGUUCACUAGUACACAAUUUGCGAUCUCUGUGAUGCUGUCUAAAUGA